GUGCCAUUAAAGGUAUCACCAGAACUUCUAAUGGGUGUGAGGUUGCCUUUGAAACCAAAGCAAAAUGAGCCCAGUCUUCAGCCAUCUUCUAAAAGAGCAAGAAUUGAAGACCUACCACCACCUACUAAAAAACUCACUCCGGAGCUGACACCACUGGUGCUCUUCACAGGAUUUGAACCUAUGCAAGUUCAACAGUACAUCAAGAAACUGUAUAUCCUUGGGGGUGAGGUAGCAGAAUCUGCCCAGAAAUGCACCCAUCUAAUUGCCAGUAAAGUGACCCGGACCGUCAAGUUCCUCACGGCAAUUUCCGUAGUCAAGCACAUAGUAACUCCAGAAUGGUUAGAAGAGUGUUUCAAAUGCCAGAAGUUUGUUGAUGAGCAGAACUUUGUGCUCAGAGAUGCCGAAGCUGAGGUUCUUUUCUGCUUUAGUUUAGAGGAGUCUCUGAAGAGAGCACAAGUAGCUCCACUCUUUAAGGGAAAAUAUUUUUACAUCACGCCUGGAAUUUGUCCUAGUCUUUCCACCAUGAAAGCUAUUGUGGAGUGUGCAGGAGGAAAAGUAUUAUCUAAGCAGCCUUCUUUUCGAAAACUCAUGGAGCAUAAACAGAAUAAAAGUUUGCCAGAGAUAAUCUUGAUUUCCUGUGAAAAUGACCUUCAUUUAUGUCGAGAAUACUUUGCUAGAGGUAUAGAUGUCCACAAUGCGGAGUUUGUCCUGACAGGAGUACUUACUCAAACACUGGAUUAUGAAUCAUAUAAAUUUACUUGAUGGACAGUGAAAUGCCUUACUGCUUCGGAAUCCGAGGAGCAUUAACCGUAACCGCUCAGCCAUUGUACAAAGUGACUAAAACUUCCUGUGGAUGCUGUUUUCCAGCUGUUUUCCUAGGGAUGAUGAGCAGUUUAAAGCAGGAAAGCAAAAAUAAACUGCAUCUUUUUUAGGAUGUGUAAUUUUAUUAUGAGGAAACAUAAUUUACUAUGUUUUGUAUUAUACUACCAUUUUAAAAAAGCCCACUUUAGGUAUCAUGAUUAGCCAGUUUUUAAGCAUUUUAACAUAAACAAUGGUACUUUAGCCAAAAGUGUAAUUUGGAUGUAAAAAUAAAAGGGCUUGCUGUCUAUUAAAUUAUGGAUGUUGAAGAUGAAAAUGUUUUGUACUUUAUUUUUAUUUCCUAUACUCUAUUUUCUUUUAUAUUGAUAUUUUGCCCACAUUUUAAAUAAAUGUACUUUUAAAUGUUU